GGGAGGCCACUGCCCGCCGCAUGGUACACCAUGCCUGCCAGAGCUGAGGCGCAGGGCCAGGGGCUGCAGUGCAGCCUGGCUGUGACCCUCUGUCGGCACUGAGCUCAGCGCGGUCCCACUGUCCCCGCCGGGCGCACCAGCCCACUUCUCUGCACCCCUCACAACGCUCUGUCCUGGCUGGUGACCAGGCAGAGCAGGCUCAAGAAGAGGCACCACCCGCGCUCUGUGGCCAGCCUGCUGCUGCCGGACCAUGGGAUGUCGGCAAAGCUCUGAGGAGAAGGAGGCGGCACGGCGGUCCCGGCGAAUCGACCGCCACCUGCGCUCAGAGAGCCAGAGACAGCGCCGCGAGAUCAAGCUGCUCCUGCUGGGCACCAGCAACUCAGGCAAGAGCACCAUUGUCAAGCAGAUGAAGAUCAUCCACAGCGGUGGCUUCAACCUGGAGGCCUGCAAGGAAUACAAGCCGCUCAUCAUCUACAACGCCAUCGACUCUCUGACUCGCAUCAUCCGCGCCCUGGCUGCCCUGCGCAUCGACUUCCACAACCCCGAUCGUGCCUACGAUGCCGUGCAGCUCUUUGCGCUGACGGGCCCCGCAGAGAGCAAGGGUGAGAUCACGCCUGAGCUCCUAGGCGUCAUGCGGCGGCUAUGGGCCGACCCAGGGGCGCAGGCCUGCUUCGGCCGCUCCAGCGAGUACCACCUGGAGGACAACGCAGCCUACUACCUGAACGACCUGGAGCGCAUCGCCGCACCCGACUACAUCCCCACUGUCGAGGACAUCCUGCGCUCCCGGGACAUGACCACGGGCAUUGUGGAGAACAAGUUCACCUUCAAGGAGCUCACGUUCAAGAUGGUGGAUGUAGGUGGGCAGCGCUCAGAGCGCAAGAAGUGGAUCCACUGCUUCGAGGGCGUCACGGCCAUCAUCUUCUGUGUCGAGCUCAGUGGCUAUGACCUGAAGCUCUACGAAGACAACCAGACGAGCCGGAUGGCCGAGAGCCUGCGCCUCUUCGACUCCAUCUGCAACAACAACUGGUUCAUCAACACCUCACUCAUCCUCUUCCUCAACAAGAAGGACCUGCUGGCGGAGAAGAUCCGGCGUAUCCCGCUCACGGUCUGCUUCCCCGAGUACCGUGGUCAGAACACCUACGAGGAGGCGGCCGUCUACAUCCAGCGGCAGUUCGAGGACCUGAACCGCAACAAGGAGACCAAGGAGAUCUACUCCCACUUCACCUGCGCCACUGACACCAGCAACAUCCAGUUCGUGUUUGACGCUGUGACCGACGUCAUCAUCCAGAACAACCUCAAGUACAUAGGCCUCUGCUGAGGGUUGCCAGUUUACGGAGCCAUGGGGUCGCACCCCACACAGGAGGCCCGGCCAGGGCAGGCAUGGGCCCUCCUCAGCCCCACCUUCCCGCAAACGUAACUAUUUGUGGAUGGAAUGCUGAAUAGGUAGGCACACAUGCAUACACACACAUGCACAUACAUGUACCUGUACACACAUGCAUACGUGCACACACAUUCGGAGAUAUUCCCCACAGCGCUGAGGUCCCUUGAAGACUUGGGAAGCAUCGCCAAAUUCAUCACAUGCCCACCUGCCUGUUCAUUCUGCCUUCCCAGCCAGCCCCCCUUGGCACAGGGUCAGCGUUAGACUGCUGGGGACAAGCAGCUGCCAGGAGGAGGUGGCUCCAGCCUGUGCUCCGGACCAAGGACCUUACAGCUGACCAGGAGGGAGGCCCAGAGCAAGGGGCCUGCACCUUCUCUGCCCACAGCGCCUGCCAGCCCACACACGUGCACUGCAUCAGCUUGCUCUGGGCACAGGGCCCCCAGAGCCAGGGUGCGAGGCUGGCCCUAGGCCAUGCUCCGAUCCUCUUAAACAGCUUCAAAAUAUGCAGCAAAAACCAACAUGAUAAAACAAGCGAGACAAUUUCUUUCAAACUAGGCCGACUGGGAUCCAGCUGUUCUACUAGUCUGAUGUUUUAUAAUCAAAACCUGAUUUUUCUUCUCUGACAUCCUUUUUUUUGGCCAAAUCUUGUGGUGUUUCGCGGAAAAAAAGUAACAAAAUUUCAAAUGCAGUUGAGUAUUCUUUUUUAAAUGUAGAUUUUAAAAACAUAUUUUUUUUCAGGUGGUCCUUUUUGUGUCUGGCUUGCUGAAUGUCAAAGUUGAUAUUUGGACAAUACUGUCCCUCUGCUUCAAGGAAACCCUGGGGCGGAUGGCAGCCUGCGCAGCCGCGCAGGACCACAAUAGACGAGCUGUUUGUACAUAGCCGAGCCUCCACAGAGCCCUCUUGUCACUGGUGCAGUUUUCUGCUUUGUUUUUAUUUAAGAAAAUUAAUGUGAUGUAUUUAAGAAGGUUCUUCACCAAAGAGCGAAUGAACAAUAACUAAAAACUAAACUCCUUGGUAUUUAAAGCAUCAGUGACUUGUGGCUUUGUCGCAUGGAGGACAGGGGUCGAGAAGCAGUGCCCUCCAGCCCCCAUGCCUGCAUCUAGCAUGGCCGGAGGCAGCUGUGAUUCCUGUGACGGCACAGACAGCGUUGUCGCCUGAGGGAGACUCCUGCCUUGGGCUUGGGCACCGCUGUGAGAGGCCCUCCGCUGAGGGCUGUGUAAAUACGCGCCCCUGUGUUAGUGGUGGCACCAGAGCGCUUGCCAAAGCCCUUCUCUCAUCCCCUCUGUUUGGUGCCCAUGUGUGCAAAGUCAGUGUGCAAAAUCACAGCCAAGGACUUCACGACACGCACAGAGAGAAAGAGGAGCCGGUGAUGGUGUGCAAGUCCCAGAUUGUCUACUUUAAGAAAAUAAAAUGCGUGAAUGGAGCCAAGCCUAUCCUGGUGUGCUGUGUGCAUGCGUCAAUGCCAUGGGACACCCGCGUAGUGUCUGGGAGGGCA